ACGUGUUCCAGGGACGAUAUAUUGGCACCAAGUUCACUGGUGUCUGGAUGAGAGGGGUUCCAGUAUAUUAGCAUGUUGGUGUUAAUAACCUACAAUUGUGUAGCAGGGAUUGUGAAGUUGAGCUGCUGGGGAACACUGGUCCAGUGUCUGGCUCUGGUCACCAGUGCCUCGGCAUCAAUGGCUCCAAAUCCAAAGUGGUGGCUGAAUUUGAGACCAGCUCCAUUGGUGGCCAAGUCGUCCACAGUCAGUAUGUCAAUGUUAGAGGUGUAGACUAUCAGAUACUGGACAUCUCUCCACGUCAGAUCAGGACUGUAUUCACAAUCAAAG